UGGUCAUUCAUUAUACCAACUUUCAACUACAACCUCAACUGACUUUCAUUCUCUAAGUCCUUUGAGAUAUCACAACAAUUAACAUCACUCUCUCGAUAUACUUGUCUUGCUUUUUACAUUCCUUAGGAAAAGCCUGACAUUAAAAUCACCCUACUACCACUUAUUCUUUAUCAUCGUAACAAACUCGAUCGUGAAGAAUUACCACUCCCUCAAACCAACCAACCAACUUGAUAACUAUUUUGUGUUAACUAACACUAUACACCACCACACAAAUCAAGACUUAAAGAUUUUCUCAAAUAUCAACAACAAAAUGUUCUCUCUCACUCACUUCAUCGUCCUGCUAUUCUGCACGCUCGGCAGCGUCGUCCUCGCCUUCGACGGCGAUCUCACCUACUACCAGCCGGGUCUCGGCUCCUGCGGCGAGACCAGCUCGGACUCCGACAGAGUGGUCGCGCUCGCCCCCGGCCAGUUCGAGAGCACGCCCGACGCCUGCGGCAAGAUGAUCCAGAUCACGAAGGGGGAUCUCAACGCGACCGCCAAGGUCGUCGACAAGUGUCCCGUCUGCACCCUCGGCUCCAUCGACGUCUCGUCCACCGUCUUCCAGGAGAUCGCCCCCCUGUCCGCUGGCCGCGUACAAAUCACUUGGGAAUACAUGUAAAAAAUGUAAAGCCUUUUCCUCUCUUCAAUAACAGGAUUAGAAAACCCAAACGCUCUUUUUUCUUUUUCUCUCAGAAGGCUUCAACUACUUCGCCUUACAUGAAACAACAUUCCUUCGCGCGGCCUCCGGGGGGGGCUUGUAGAUGUGCUCUAGUACUCACUUAAAACCUACUGCACUAUAUCUACCACACUCUCACUGAAAUGGACCCGAACUCGGAAACCAGACGCAAUACAUUACAUGUAGAACUACACUAUAGUACAUACACACACACAGAGAUCUCCUCACCGUGCUGGGCAUGGGAAAAUCAGGAAUCUUGUACAAACACCACAUCAACAAAUAUUAACGCAGGGACGACAAAGCACACAUGAGAGGACAAAGUCAAGAUGUAUCCAAAUGUAUAUUUUGAGAUCACACUGGCCAAAAAAGUCCGUUUGAUUUUAUCUUAAGGGAGGUGUUUGGGUUAACCAAAAAAAAACAUUCACUACUAUAUAAAUCAGAAAUUAGAAUAUACACAAUACAACGCACGCCAAGUGCUAUUGUGGUAUCAAAUAACUACCUCUUUCGCUUUCGUAUCUUGCUGUGACUGCGGUGAUGUAUAAUUCUGUAGAAUCUAGUUCAUAUACUGGGACCAUUGUCAC